AUGAGUCAAGCAGAAGGCUUUCUGACCGAAGAAAACAUAGCUGAAGACGCGAAGCAGCACGAAGGACAUCAUGUACCGUUAGAUGAUACUACAGAGACAGUGUAUUCAACAGAUACAGAUCCCGUUUUAGCAAAGUCACCAGUUAGAAAGACGUCUGAGGUAGGUAUAUAGUUUGAUGUUUUUUAUGUUUAGGCGUGAAAACUAUGUCUGAAUUGGAUGAAAUAUAAUGCGGAGUAAUGUUGAGAUUGUAGUUAUUGCAUUUUUGUUGAUUUGGAACAUAAUUUUUGCAGUUUUUAAGAAGUUUUGUUAAGUUAUGGCAAAGGUAUAGAGAAUUUUUGAUAUUGUUAUAGGGUUUUGGCUAUAUCUGGUGGUUUCUUGCAUUUAUAACAGUAAUGCAGUAAAAAAGAUACUCUAGAGUAUAAUAAUUGUUUUUUAGGCAGGCAAAUCCACUCCAGCCAUUCAGCGUCUUCACAAAACCUUAAAUCAGAUUACUGUUCAUUCUCCUAGUGAUAACAUAAUGUCCCCAUGUUCUCAGCGAAUCAAUUUGAUAGGCCAUCGCAAACUGCACGGAUCCCAGCCUGCUAAUAUCCUGAAGCGGAGAUUUAAGAAGGAUAUUCAAUCGCGGAAGCUGGAGUUCGGAUCUAAUCAUAAUAGUGAUGAAGAGCUUGAGGAUAAAGAGAACCCGGAAAUAGUACCAGACGGCGAUGUGGUACAAAUGGUGGAUUCUGGCGACUUGGUACAUCAGGAGGAUGAGUUUGACGUUGAUGUGGAGCCGGAUUUGGAAAAUGGUGCAUUUGUUACUGAUGGUACCCAAUAUGCUACUGAUGGUGUUCAAUGUGUAGCAAAUGGUCAAUCACAACAUUCUGAUGGUAGUGGUAGUUUCUCUAGUGAAAGUUGCACCAACAUAAACGCAAAUGACAGUAUCGCCAAUGUGCACGACGUUACAGACGACCCCCACGAUGCUACGGCUGAUUUCGAGCAGAAUUCCUAA